AUGGAUAAAUUCGUCAUUCGGAAAGACAAGCCCACUGAUCGUCGUUCUCCACGGCCGCGUCCUAGGAGCACUUACUCGAAACCGACCAGCGUCUCAUCAGUGAAAUCAUCCCGUGGUGUCCCUCAAGCCCCAUUUCUCUCGAGUGCAACCAGUCGGGCCAAUCGAAUCAUUGACUCAACCCUUGCCGAGCCUUCGAAUCCCGUAACACAUAAUGACUCCUACCGCCGUGCUCAGCAUGUCGUCAGCGCCGCUACUGGCCAUCAACAGAGUAACGGCCGUAGCGCUUCUUCCUCAUCACACUAUAAUGCAACCAGACUUUCCAAACUUCGCGCUCAAGCCAAACCGGCUGAAACAAAUAUCCUCAAGCAAGUCGUAGUCUAUAUCAAUGGAUACACCGGUACUGAAGUUACAAACCAAGCAUUGAUUGGGAUGAUCCAAUCAGCGGGAGGAGAGACACGACCAGUACUGAGUGCGGCCUGUACACAUAUCGUGACGGCGAUGCCUCUGAGUGCGAAGAAAGCUCAACAAGAGAUUGAGCGACGGAAAGCCGGGCCACGCAUCGUCCAGCCGCAAUGGGUACUAGACUCAAUUCGUUUGGAAAAACGUCAGCCUGAGUGGAAGUAUCCUGUUCAACAAUCACAUACCCAGAAUCGAAUAUCUUCAAUCUUCGAGAAAGCUCCGCCGUAA